AUGGCGCCCAUUGAUAAGAAGAGGAAGACCGGUCCGACUAACGAGUCUUUUGCACGCUCUCGAAACACUGCUGAUGCCGACACGCGACCAUCGAAACGGCCAAGAGCAGAGGAGGAUGGGGAGAACACCACGAAAUCAAAAAUUCCUUAUGUCCCCAAAAUAUCGAAAGCUAAAGAUGAAGAGGUCGCCUUUCCUAGAGGUGGCGCAAGUCUUUUGACGCCCUUGGAGCACAAACAAAUUCAAAUUGAAGCUACUCGGGAUGUUCUCUUCGAACAAGGCGCAAACUCCAAGUCCGUUGAAGCUGGCGUGAAUGGCGAGCCGGCCGCAAAGAAGAAGCACAAGCUGAAGAAAGUGAAAGGCAAGGGAAAUAAGGGCAGUGAAGCUGCUGAAGUUGAGGAGAAAAAUGUUAGGAUUGAGGGCCUGAGUUACACGCGGAUAGUCCCAGGGUCACUAGUCUUGGGCCAAGUUUCUCAAAUCAAUGACCUCGAUGUAGCUCUUUCGUUGCCUAAUAACCUCACUGGAUACGUGCCGAUAACCUCGAUCUCGGACAAGAUUACUGAACGGAUCGAGGCCAUUGCUGCGCAGGAAGGAGAAGACGAGGAUGAGACAGACCUGAAGGAUGUGAACCUGAAGAAAUUGUUUUCUAUCGGGCAAUACCUUCGAGCAUACGUUGUUUCUACCAAGGACGACGAGGCUGCCGGGUCAAAGGCUAAGAGACACAUCGAGUUAUCUCUUCGACCACAGCAAUCAAAUGCCAACAUAGCAGUACAGAAUGUGGUCACCAACAAUACCCUCAUGGCAUCAGUUGCAAGCGUGGAAGAUCACGGACUUAUCAUGGAUCUUGGUCUCCCCGAACUCGGUGUGAAAGGUUUCAUGUCUUCCAAUGAAGUUGGUUACGGAGUGGCUCUUUCGAGCAUAGAGGAAGGUGCUGUUUUCUUGUGCACGAUUCUUGGUCUGAAUUCGAGUGGGAAAACCGUCAAACUAUCCGUGGACCCGCAGAAGAUCGCCAACUCAAAGAAUCCAAAAUACCUUUCCGAUGCUCCGACAAUCGAUGCGUUCCUGCCAGGUACCGCUGUCGAAAUCUUGGUCUCAGAAAUCACUCUGAGAGGAAUCUCUGGGAAAGUCAUGGGCUCGCUUGAUGUGACCGCGGAUUUGAUGCAUUCGGGCGCUGGCGCAAGUGGAAAAGAUCUGGAGAAGAAAUACAAGAUUGGGUCGAAAGUCAAGGGAAGAUUAAUAUGCACUUUCCCGAAUUCACAGCCCGCUAAACUGGGGGUCUCUCUAUUGGACCAUGUCUUGUCGCUCUCGUCUCUACAAGGGCUUCUGAACAGUGAACUAAAAAACCCUCUCGAUAUCUUGCCUCUCUCUUCUUUCGUUGAGGAAGUAAAGGUCAAGAAGGUGGAGCCAGGAAUGGGACUUUUUGUUGACGUGGGUGUCAAGGGUGUCGCCGGAUUUGUUCAUAUUUCCAGAGUGAAGGAUGGCAAGAUUGAAACUCUCGCAGAAACCUCUGGUCCUUUCAAGACCGGAUCGGUUCAUCGGGGGCGACUGAUUGGAUACAACGCACUUGAUGGACUCUAUAUUGUAUCCUUGGAGCCAUCGAUCCUUGCGCAGCCCUUCCUACGAGUCGAGGAUUUAUCCAUCGGCGAAGUGGUCAAGGGAAAAGUGGAGAAGAUUGUUGUGAACGAACGAGGCGUGGGAGGACUGCUGGUAAACUUGGCUGAUGGGAUAUCUGGUCUGGUUCCAGAAGCCCAUAUGGCAGACGUUCACUUACUCCGUCCGGAGAAGAAGUUUAAGGAGGGCUCGACGGUCAUGGCUCGAGUUCUAUCCACCGACCCCGGCAAACGACAGAUUCGACUCACUCUUAAGAAAACCUUGGUAAAUUCGGAUGCAGCUCUAUUUGUCUCUUACGACGAUAUCAAAGUCGGCAUGCAAAGCCCUGGAACAAUCGUUAACAUCCUCUCUACUGGUGCCGUGGUGCAGUUCUAUGGGACUAUCCGUGGUUUCCUUCCGGUCGCCGAAAUGAGCGAGGCAUACAUCCAGGAUCCAUCCCAACAUUUUUUAGUUGGUCAAGUUGUCAAUGUGCACGUUGUCAAAGUUGAUCCAGAAGCCAAGAAAUUGAUAGUAUCUUGCAAGGAUCCUGCGGCGUUUGGCCUUGCUCAGCAAGCUGCGUUCAAGAAGCUGAAGCUCGGCGAGGUUGUCUCCGCUGUGGUUACAGAGAAGUCCAACGACAACAUUUCUCUCGACUUACAUGGAAUUCGUGCCACCCUUCCGAUCGGCCAGCUCACUGAUGGGUCAUCACAAAAGAAUGCGUCCGCUCUCAAGAAGAUCAGGGUCGGACAGACUUUGACCGAUCUAGUGGUUCUCGGCAAGUACGAAAACAAACGCCUGAUCAUCUUGACGAACAAGCCAAAUCUUGUGAAGGAUGCUAAAGCCAAGCUCCUCUUGAGAAGCUUCGAGGACGUGAAGGAGGACAAGGUUGUCCAUGGAUUCGUUAAGAACAUAACUUUGACGGCUGUAUUCGUUCAGUUUGCGGGAGGCCUCACUGGUUUACUGCCAAAGGUCAAGUUGCCAGAGGCAGCUAUCCGUCUUCCAGACUUCGGAAUGAAGAAAUUUCAGACUUUACAGGUCAAGAUCACCCGAGUAGAUCAUGGCCAGAGGCAGUUCCAAUUGUCAAUGGUUGAUGCCGCAUCGAAGGAGAGAGUCGAACCAGAAACACCUGUUUCAUCUGGUAGUAUCAAUCAGGAAGCAGUAAACCCAAUUGAUACCACACUUACAUGUCUCGACGAUCUGACGCAGGGAAGAUUGACGAAAGCAAAAAUAUCUUCUGUAAAGGAAACUCAGAUCAAUGUUCAACUUGCCGACAAUAUCCAAGGUCGUAUAGAUGUUUCGCAAAUUUUCGAUUCAUUCGAUGAUAUCAAGGACCGCAAGAGGCCAGUGCGAUCAUUCUCGCCAAAGCAGAUCUUGAAUGUCCGUGUUCUGGGUAUCCACGAUGCCAAGAAUCAUCGAUUCUUGCCAAUCUCGCAUCGCUCUGGCAAAACUAUGGUUUUCGAGUUAUCCGCAAAGCCAAGCGACCAGAAUGACGACCCCAAAGAACCCCUGGCACUCGAUAAGGUCAAGGUCGGAUCCUCAUGGGUCGCCUACGUCAACAACAUCAAGGAAGAAUACGUUUGGGUGAAUCUGUCUCCCAAUGUCCGUGGACGCAUUCCAGCCUUAGAGCUCUCAGAAGACGUGUCCAAAUUAAAGAACUUGGAGACACACUUCCCCAUUGGAUCCGCUAUUAAAGUCCAUGUCAAACAUGUCGAUGCUGGAAACAAUCGUUUGGAUUUGUCUGCGUUAUCAAGUCAAUCUUCAGGACCUAUCACCUUGAAGAGUUUAAGCAAGGGGAUGGUUGUUACAGGAAAGGUCACAAAAUCUACUGAGAGACACAUCAUGGUGCAGCUCAGCGAUAAUCUAUCGGCUCCAGUCAACCUUACCGACCUCGCAGAUGACUACUCAGAAGCCGAUCCUACAAAGUACUCAAAGGGUGAGAUUGUCAGAGUAUGUGUCGUUGAUGUCGACCUGCCAAACAAAAAGAUCAGACUGUCGACUCGGCCAUCAAGAGUAUUGAGCUCUUCUCUUGAAGUAAAGGAUCCUGAGAUCUCGGAAAUUUCGCAAUUGAAGCCCAACGACAUUGUGCGCGGGUUCAUCAAAAACAUUACCGAAGCGGGGCUCUUCAUCAACUUGGGUGGGAAAGUCGAUGCCUUGGUUAAGGUUGCGGAUCUCUCCGAUUCGUUCAUCAAAGACUGGCAGUCCGAGUACGAGGUUGAUCAGCUUGUCAAAGGUAAGGUCAUUGGCAUUGACAAAUCCAGAGGCAACGUCCAGAUGAGUUUGAAAGCCUCUGCCCUUGAUAAAGACUACGUGCUCCCCAUGAGCUUUGCCGAUUUAAGACCCGGGCAAAUUGUCACUGGAAAAAUCAGAAAAGUUGAGGAAUUCGGCGCUUUUAUUGUCAUUGAUGGCACCAAUAACCUCAGCGGCCUCUGCCAUCGGACUCAAAUGGCUGACAAAAGGGUUGAUGACGUGAAAAGUCUUUACCAGGCAGGUGAUCAGGUCAAAGCCAAGAUCGUGUUUCUCGAUGCUGAAAAGAGACAAAUUAGCUUGGGGCUCAAGGCUUCGUACUUUGAGGAUAAUGCAGGAUCUGGGGACAACAGCGACGGUGAAGAUCUAGAUGGGGUGGAGGGAAUCGAAAUCGGUGGUGAUUCCAGUGGAGACGAGGAUGGCCAGGAUGGGGGUAUCGACCUCGAUGUCGAGAGUAUUGACAGCAACGAGGGCCAAGGAGGAGGGGAAUCUGAUCUCGAGAUGCCUGACGCUCAGGACGAUACCGAUGCACCGGCUCUUAGCGCAGGAGGCUUCGACUGGUCUGCCAAUGUCCUCGACGAACAGUCCAAUGCCGGGUCCGAUAACGAAGGCGCAGACGAGAAGCCGAAGAAGAAGCGUAGGAAGGCUGAAAUUACAGUCGAUCGUACCGGUGAUCUCGAUGUUAAUGGCCCACAGUCCGUCAGUGAUUUUGAACGUCUCCUGCUCGGACAACCAGACUCAUCGACCCUGUGGAUCCAAUACAUGGCUUUCCAGAUGCAACUAAGCGAGCUCAGCAAGGCGCGAGAAGUUGCAGAGCGUGCUAUCAAAACCAUCAAUAUCCGCGAGGAGACCGAGAAGAUGAAUGUCUGGAUCGCACUUCUCAAUCUGGAGAAUGCUUACGGCAGUGAUGAAACUGUAGAGGAGGUUUUCAAGAGAGCAUGCCAAUACAACGACGCUCAGGAGAUCUACGAAAGACUGACUAGUAUCUACAUUCAGUCUGGCAAGCACAGCAAAGCCGAUGACCUCUUUCAAGUCCUCGUCAAGAAGUUCUCCCAGUCCCCCAACGUCUGGGCAAACUACGCACACUUCCUUCACUCAACCCUCUCCUCCCCAGACCGUGCACGUGCCCUCCUCUCCCGUGCAAAGCAAUCUCUGCCAUCCCACACUCACGUCGCCAUAACCCUCAAGUUUGCCGCCCUCGAGUUUCACUCCAAGGUCGGCUCCCCCGAGCGCGGUCGCACCAUGUUCGAAGCCUUACUCACCACGUUCCCCAAGCGUCUCGACAUCUGGAACCAGCUACUCGAUCUGGAAAUCCAACAAAAUGACAAGGAUAUCAUACGUGGUGUAUUCGAGCGUAUGGUGAAGACAAACAAGGCAUUGAAACCUAAGCAAGCGGUGGCUUGGUUCAGACGCUGGAGUGAGUGGGAGGAGGGGAAUGGGGAUAAGAAGAGCAAGGAGAAGGUGUUGGCGAAGACGCAGGAGUGGGUUAGUGCUGCGGCCAAGAAGAAAGCAAAGGUUGGUGGUACUGUUGAUGAAUGA